GAGGGAAAUAAGUUGGUGGGGGCUGUGGAUGACGGAGACGCUGAGGCUUCAGCAGGUGCAUCUUCUGUUCCCCUCACACUCUGGGCUCCUCGGGGAGGAGGGGCUGGAGCCCUGGCCCACCAUUAGCACAAUGAUCCUCAGGCUCCUUCUGGCUCUCAACUUCUUCCCCUCGAUUCAAGUAGCAGAAAACAAGAUUUUGGUGAAGCAGUUGCCCAUGCUUGUGGUGUACAACAAUGAGGUCAACCUGAGCUGCAAGUAUACCCACAACCUCUUCUCAAAGGAGUUCCGGGCAUCCCUUUAUAAGGGAGUAGACAGUGCUGUGGAAGUCUGUGUUGUGAAUGGGAAUUACUCCCAUCAGCCUCAGUUCUAUUCAAGCACAGGAUUCGACUGUGAUGGGAAAUUGGGCAAUGAAACAGUGACAUUCUACCUUCGGAAGUUGUUUGUUAACCAAACAGAUAUUUACUUCUGCAAAAUCGAGGUCAUGUAUCCACCUCCUUACAUAGACAAUGAGAAGAGCAAUGGGACCAUUAUCCACGUGAAAGAGAGACAUCUUUGUCCAGUGCAGCUGUCUCCUCAAUCUUCUAAGCCAUUUUGGGCACUGGUGGUGGUGUGUGGAGUCCUAGUUUUCUAUAGCUUUCUAGUAACAGUGGCUCUUUGUGCUUGCUGGAUGAAGAGUAGGAGGAGCAGGAUCCUUCAGAGUGACUACAUGAACAUGACCCCCCGGAGACCGGGGCCCACCCGAAGGCACUACCAACCCUAUGCACCAGCGCGUGACUUUGCAGCAUACCGUUCCUGACAUGGACGCCUAUCCAGAUGCAAGCCGGCUGGCAGCUCUUCACCUGCUCAACACAAUUGCUCUGGAUAGGAAAAACCUGCCUCGUCUUCAGCCGGCCACGGGCUCCUUCUACAGGCUCUUCUUAAGCCACUGAUGCCAAUUUUUCUUGAAUGACUAGACCAAAUAAUAUUAUUUUGAGACUCCGAAAUGAAGUUAAAGAAUAUUAUUGUGGCAGGCUCUAUCUUGUAGUGCCAUGACCCAAAUGCCAACUUAACACAUAUUUAUUGAUUUAAGAGGUUAUAGUAGAAAACAAACAAACAAAUCCAUGGAUUCUGUCAACCUUGAAAUCUGCUUUCCAUUUCACUCCUUUCUCACUCAUCUGAACAUUGUGGUCAAGUGAAAUGUGAUAUGGAAGGACGUUUUAGAUGGAGAAGAAAGGAUAGAAAAACAUUCUUUUUGGUUAAAUGGGGGUUUAUAGUGGGGAUAGUUUAGAGUGGGGGAGAAGGGACGGAGACUUACACAUUUCAAAAACCAUUAAAACACUCUCUCUCAUUCCUGAAAUGAACCACUUAGUUCCUAUUAAUACUGUUUUAGUUUAGAAAGAUAUAGACAUUAUUUUUUUAAUUUUAAAUUUUUUUUUAUUAACAUGUAAUGUAUUAUUAGUCCCAGGGGUACAGGUCUGUGAAUCGCCAGGUUUACAUACUUCACAGCACUUAUCAUAGAACAUACCCUCCCCAAUGUCCAUGACCCCACCACCCUCUCCCUACACCCCUCCCUCCAGCAGCCCUCAGUUUGUUUUGUGACAUUAAGAGUCUCUUUUGGUUUGUAUAGAUGUUAUUUUUUUGAUGAACUCUGGUCAUAUUUAGUCAUCUUGACCAAUGGAAUUCAUUCGAAGCAAUUUGAGGCAAACAGUCUUGCUCUCCUUUACUCCCUGUGAUGGGAAUGCAAUGUAGUAUUCACAAUAUGAUUUGAAAAGCAUAAAAUAGUCUUCCCCCUUACCGAGGAAGAAUGUGUCAGGAAAUGAAGCCACUUGAUGUCAAAAUCAUUUGAAUACUCUGAAGAAGGGUUACUCCUUCAGAAGAUCAUUCCUGUCAAAUCAUAUAGGGGGCUUUUCUGUUCCCUAUAUUUCAGGUUUGCCUGGUUGGUCUUUUUGUCAUCUGUGUGGAAGUCUGAAGUGGGAGACUGAAAGGACAUCCAGAGCAGUGAUGGUACUCUGAAAAGGGGCUGUUGGUAUUCAUGAGGGGAUGGGGGAUAAGUCCUAAGAAACUUCUUCUGGAGGAGGAGAAUAGAAGGGAAUCAUGUGACUCUUGCCAAUGUACUGAGGGGAGUGACCAAUAUCUGGUGGAAGAUUUCCAGAAGACAGAAGGAGACAAUGCGAGAGUUCCUUUACAGUGACUUUAUAUGAUUUAGGGCUCAGAACUCCAUAACUCUGUGGGUUCAGCUGUGUGUUUACCCUGGAGUUCCACUGACAUGGAAAAUUAUUUUGGGGUGUAUCUUUUAAGAGAACAUCAAAAUUCUCAAGAUACCCUGCAAAGCUGGACCCUGUAAGACCUGAUCUUGUCAUGACAAUGGAUAUUUUUCUGCUUCUGGUUGGCGUCAACUGGUGUAUGCCUGGGGACCUUGAAGAACAGCUUUACUGCUGCCUUUACAAUUUGUUUUGUGCUUUGAUUUACUCAGCUGUUAGAGGAGUCUAGGUUUUGGAAGCAGGUAAAAUAGAUCUGGUCCAAGUCCCAUUUCUAGUUGGCCUUAAGCAAGUCACUGACUUUCUAAGACUCUACUCUUCAACUAUAAAAUGGAGGUAAUGAUCAUAAUUGUUUGUCCCUAUACUAUAAUCACCAUCAGGGCAUGGCCCAAGUUAGUCUUUUUUUUUCUGCUUGUCCCUGGCACUAGUGCCAUAUCUGACAAAUAAUGUUAGCUAUUAUUAUUAUUGUCAUAUUAAUAAUGUAUAAAGAUUAAACUGGGGGGGGGUACCUGGGUGACUCAGUGGGUUAAGCAUCUGCCUUCAACUCAGGUCAUGAUCUCAGGGUCCUGGAAUUAAGUCCUGCAUCAGGCUCCCUCCUCAAUGGGGAGUGUGGUUCUCCCUCUGUGUUCUUUCUCUCUCUCUUUCAAGUUAAAAAAAAAAAAAAAAAAAAAAAAAAAAAAAAAAAAAGAUAUCCUGGCCCACACUGCAAGAAAGGAGAGAAUAUUUUAACAGAUUUAAACCCACUAUCUGGGGAUAAGGUGCUAUAAAAUCCGAGAGCCUCUUGAUUUCCACCAUUUUCCUGUUUUGGAAUGAAAUGUGCAGUGUUCUGUCUCCCAUUUUUAUGUAUAAAAAGAGGUCUUCUUUAAUUUUUUUGUGAUGUGGAAAGGAGAAUCCUAUGAUUACAGCAGAAAAUAUUGUACUUUGGUUGGCUUUGAAAUGGGCAUCCAUUCCAUGAAAAUAAUUAAUCCAGAGAAGGUCAAACUCACUAGAACUGGAGUGACAAAGAACUCUUGAAUUUAUACUGGCACACGUUCUGCAUUGCUAGCCUCUUGGCACACAGAGUUCUUUAAUCUAAUGUACUGAAUUGGAUUUGAAAAUGAUAGAGCUAGAGAAUUUUAUAAAGAGCAAUGGCAAAAAAUAAAUUUAAAAAAUGGAAAGAUCUGAUCUUUGGUUAAAAAAAAUGGUUUUUAUUUUCUGAUGGGAAAAAUAGGUUUACCAAAGAUGAAUCACACUUUAGUUUUCUCUUACUCACUCUGAACAGAACCAAAGUAGAAAUGUUAAUAGGGAAGUCCAUUUUCACUAUUAGUAUGAGCCAAGAAAUGGUUUAAAAACAGUGGUUGGAGCAAUGCUUUUACAGUUUCCGAUAUGAUAAUUAUGAAGAAAACAAUGUCAUUUGCUGCUAUUAUUGUAAGAGUCUGAUAAUUACUAGUAUUUCUAUAAUUUUUGAUUGUGAGCUCACUUAUUUUGGGCUGAGCAGGCCAAGUUAAAGAGACCAAGUGUACAUUAUAUUCUGUGUAUUCAGUGGUAAAAUUACUGAACUACCAUGUGCCUGUUUUUAAUUUGAGCUUUAGUAUCUGUCUUUCAGAGCAGGUAUGUUUAACUUUUGGUCAUGAAUCUGGAGAAAGCUUGCUACUUAAAAAUAGUGUGGGAUAAAUCUUUUUUUUUUUUUAAAUAAAUCUCCAGUUCAACUUUUUAAAAAUAUACCAAACUUUCACAUAUUAGUUCUAUUUCAAGCAAGGUACGCUCCUGGUUUGUUUACUUGCCUUCAGUCACAAUCUCUAAUCAAACCAAUGGUUUAUAUCUCUGGGAUGUGUGCAUUCUGUGUGACAUGAAUGCUCUGUGAGAGAGAUCAGACUUGACCCCAUUGGUCCCUUGGAUUCACCAAGUGAACCACUAGUUCUCAUGGCAAAUUUAAUGGGGAUGUUGAUGGUUAAGUGGAUGUUAGAUCCCUUAUUCCAGCUUUUUGCACUGCUGGAUAAGAGCCACGGCCUACCCAGGGACUGAUCCCAGUGUUAAAUUCAAGUACAUGCUGGAGGUUGGAGAUGGUGGCAGUGAUGGACUCAGAACCAGGGUCAUCACUGCCAUAGACUGGUUAUUAACCCAAGUCAAGGACCAUAGCAAUGACUUUCUCAAGUCCUGGAUUGAGUGACUUCUUGAAAUUUGAGGCUUAGGAAAUCUCUGUUAUAGAUAUAUACAUACUUUCUGACAUAUUCCUCCUCAAACAUCACAGGCAUGUUCUCACCUCAGGACUUUUGCACAUGCUGUUUCCUAUAUCUGGAAUGUCUGUCUCCAGAUAUCCACCUGGUUUUCUCCCUCAUUUCCUUCAGGCCCUUGCUCAAAUGUCGCUAUCCACCAUAGUUAACAACCUCCCUACCCCACCCCACCGAACCCUAUAUGCUUUCCUGACUUGCCUUUUUUCAUAGCAUCUCACCCUCUCUUACACGAGAUUUUUUACUUAUUUAUUUGUUUAUUGUUUAUUUCCCCAAACUAGAGUGUAACCUCCAUGAGAGAUGGAACUUUGUCUGCUUUGUUGAUUGCCAUAUCCCCAAUGCCUAGAAUAGUACCUGGAAUGAAAUAAAUAUUUAUUGAAUGAAUGACUUUAA